AUGUGGGCGUGGGCUAAAAAGUAUGAAAGGAAUGGGAAAAAGCAUGACAGCUCUGCUGUCUAAUACAAGACUGACUCUUUUAGAUCAAAACCGAUUCAAGAGGAAGAUGAAGAUGAGGAUGAGAACGGAGAUAAAGAAGUGCUGGAAGGAGAGGAUGGAGAACAAUUGACGACAUCAAGCGUUCCGGAAUUGCCCGGUCUCAGCGAUGAACAAAAAGCACAAAUUCGAGAGGUAUUGAGAAGAGCGGAAAAAUCGCAAAAAGAUGCUCGAGUUAUCGUCGAUCCUAAACAUUUAUGGCAGUUGCGAGAAUCCAACUUUCGAGGUACUCUCGAUGAGAGUGAAGAGAUGUUCACGGUCGAAAAUGAAAGUGUUCUCGUACAAAUGGAUUCAAUACCAGAAACGCUUGAAGUGAUUGCGAUACCAGCACCGCCACCCUCUGUUGCCACCUCAUACACGGAACAACCACCGAGUUCGUUGAGCUCGAUGGGUUCAAACAAUAGUACGCCAGCAAAGCGAUCACCUCAACAUAUUCCAGAACGGUAUGGAACCGAAUGCUCUUCAGCCGAUGUAUAUUACACAGUGUUGGAAGAAGAACAGGAUAUUACAGUUUGCGCAGAAGAGUUUGGUCUAAACAACGAAACGAACGAUUUCGACAACAAAACACCUAGCGAACGGAUCAGAUGCAGAACUGCCGCAGAUUUAAAAUUGGAAAAUAUAAUUCGGCUGUUUGUUGACGAGCUAUGGAAGCAUAUAGUUAUUAAAGUGCUGACCGAAUCAGCCGAAAUACUCUCUCAAAAUAUUCGUUCGAUGGAUUCAGUGAAUUCCGCUGAUACAGAGUCAGACAACCAGUCGGAGAGUGACGGAUCAGCGAUAGAUUACUAUAGAAUAUUAAGUGAAGAAUACGAUUAUGAAGAAGAUAUGCGGGCAAGAGUGGAUGGAGGAUUCUAUGGAAACGACAGCUGCAUCCAAUACAAUGGAGAAAAUUUUUUAAGGAGCUCAACAAACAUAAUUGAAAAUGAAAAGAAUACAGUAAGUGUUGAAGAGGAUCAACAAGCAUUUCUAACCGACAGUAAUUUUCAUGAUAGAAGAAGAGAAUUUAUUGAUGACACUGAACGAAGCGAGUUGAGCGAUCCAAUAAAAAAGAACGGUCGCGAUUCAUUCGAUGCAAACGUAGAACCAAAAAACAUUCCUCAUGAAUACUUUGCAAAUUCCAUCGAAUCAACUGAUUCUGAAAUCGAUAGAAUUGAAGCAGAACGUAGAAGCAUUCACACAAUCUCCGCCAAACGAGUAGAUGAACGAAACGAAUUGGAUAUGCAAGGAGAACAUGAAUCAGAUUCAUAUAUGGAAGCAGCGAGAUUAAUCGUUGAACCUUCUGAAGAGAACAUCAAGGAACACCCAGAUCUCCUCAUACAAUUUGCGUCCACACCAUCGCAAGAACCUGAAGAAAACGAAACAAGGACGGAAAAGACACCUGAAGAAAAACCGAAUAUUUCUGCUGAGGAAUUCACUUCUGUUGUAUCUGAAGGUAGUGAGACACUUGAAGCGGUCGCUCCUGAGGAGGAAUUUCUAAUCUCUCAAGAAUCGAGCUCGACACCGGGUGCAGAUGAAGGCGAGAUUUAUGAGCAGGCGACUGGUGCUGAGGAUCAAGCUGCAGGUGUAACGGGUGCCGUGUUUUCCACCCAUCUGGAACGAGGAUCAGCGGAGGCCGUUUUAACCCAAGAGGAACACGAACACAUUGAAUACGUAAAAAGACUAGCCGAACAGGACUCGUUAGAACGACAGCUUCACGAAGAGCAGGAAAAGCACAAACCAUCAGUUACAGAAGAAUACGAAUUGACCCAGGAAGAAAUUGAGCACAUUGAGUCCGUGAAACGGAUGGCAGAAGCUGAACCAAGUCCAUUCCUUGUGGAGAAG